CCGGCGGCGGAUCCCGCGACGUCAUCAGCAUGCGCCGACCAGGAGAGGAGGGGCAGGAGGUGGGGGUGCUUGUACGGGGCAACCAAUAGGGGCGGCCGAGCUGCCUGUAACACCCCAACAGCUCCUCAGCCGCGUAGCCCUCGGCUCAGCCGGCUCUCAGAAACUCUCCAGGCCCCCGCUUCUCCCCCGAGCCCAGGCUGUUACGCCAAAGCCCCCACACCUCUCCCUCACACCGCGGCUAGGCCGCACACACCGCACGCACCUCCCAGGACCCCGCCCACGGGGCGGGAGGCAGCGGAGCGCGUCUCGCUGAUUGGGCCGGGUCCGCGCGGCGCCGUGACAUCAGCGACCAGCGAGGUCCAUAAGGGGCAGCGGCGGCGGGUGGUGCCUCAGACGGCUUCGGCGGUGGGAGUGGAGGGUUGCUGGCCAGCUUGCGGUGGUAGCGGUGCUGCGCGGCCUGUGCGUCUCGCCAUGACCCGUGGGAACCAGCGUGAACUUGCCCGCCAAAAGAACCUGAAGAAAACUCAGGAGAUCCACAAAGGCAAAAGGAAAGAAGAUAGCUUGUCUGCUUCUCAGAGGAAACAGAGAGACUCUGAAAUAAUGCAGCAAAAGCAAAAAGCAGCUAAUGAAAGGAAGUCUCUGCAGGCAGGAGCAAAAUGAACUGCCGCUAUGGAUAAGAUAGAGCGCACCGAAUGAAGCAGAACGACCUAGAAGAUCAUUCAUAAAAGUGUUUGGCCAUUAAAUGAUUAAACAUUUAUUGUGCAGAGUUGUUCAACUAGCAUUAGUUAGAGUAUUUUCUGGUUACUAUAAGCCUAGUUGUCUACAAUGCUUUUUCAAAACUAACUACACUCUUCUGCAUGUGUAUGAAUAAAAGCAAUAGCUUUAUUCUAGCUUUUGCUGUAUUUGUUAGUUUUACUUAGUGGUUCCAGUUACAGAAUCUACAGUUAAGACCAGAUUUGGUUGCCUGAAUUGUCGAAAGUACAGCUUCAUUCAGAAUGGAACACACUUGUAAAAUGUGCUUAACCUUGCAGAGGUCUGAACUGUAAAUCUCAAACUAUUUUUACAAUAAAAUGUUGCAUGAAAUACUGUCUAAUCAGAAAUA